CGAGCGAGAGCGCGAGGCAAAUGACGAGUGCUUUAUCUCUUCGAUAAACUCUUCUCUCGCGCAACAGCGCCAGGGUGAAACGCCUCGUGUAACAGUAAGCUUGCCAAAUUUCUUUGCCCUUAUACUUUCUCAUCUGCAAGUGUGCUCAGCUGCUUCCAUGUGACAGUGCUUCGGGUGUUAUAAUAUCAGUCGUCUAAACAAAUAUAUAUCCAGCAGCAUCUAUCGCACAGCGAAUUAAUGAGGAUGAGGUGAAUUUACUUUGGUAGCGAGUGAGCGAGAGAGGAAAUAAAAAGAAUGCCGUCGAUCGAGACGAUACAACAGCAGCAUCGGGUUGACCGGUCGACGAGCCCGUUGCCAACGCAAAAGUCGCCUGUUGCUCAAGAACUCAAAGCUUUGUUCGCUGGCCCUUUGGAUAAACGUCAACAACAACCGAAUAGCGUGGAUGCCCUGGAAAUGGUACCUGUUACGGACAACGGCAAGGCGUUGAAAAGUCACGACUUGCCGGAACGAGGGUCUUGGAGUAGCAAGAUCGAAUUCAUCCUGUCGGUGGUUGGUCUAGCGAUAGGCUUAGGUAAUCUGUGGCGAUUUCCCUACUUGUGCUACAAGAAUGGCGGCGGAGCAUUCAUGGUUCCGUACUUCAUAACGCUGGCAUUGGCUGGGGUGCCUAUGUUCUUAAUGGAAUUGGCCUUAGGACAGAUGAUGACCAUCGGAGGCCUUGGUGUAUUCAAAAUUGCUCCCAUAUUUAAAGGUAUUGGCUAUGCGUCGUGUGUAUUGUCAUGCUGGACGAACAUCUACUACAUUAUCAUUCUAGCCUGGGCCCUCUUCUAUUUUCUGGUAUCACUGCGCUCAGACGUGCCCUGGCGAACGUGCGACAAUUUCUGGAACUCAAAGUACUGCAUAACUCCAUCGGAACGAUUGCGCACGCCGUGUUAUCAGGUCGGCGGCGACGCGUACUGCUCGACGUCGCUUGGCAAUUUGAGCCAGACGCUCCUGAAGGAUCCCGUCAAAGAGUUUUGGGAGAGGCGAACUUUGCAAAUCUCCGACGGCAUCGAGGACCUCGGUGGUAUACGAUGGGAGCUCGUGGGCACCUUGGCGAUCAUGUGGAUAAUAUGUUACUUCUGCAUCUGGAAAGGCGUCAAGUGGACUGGCAAAGUGGUCUACUUCACAGCGCUGUUUCCCUACUGCUUGUUAGCCGUGUUGCUAGUGCGAGGGCUCACGCUUCCGGGCGCCGUGGAGGGUCUCAAGUACUACGCGACGCCUAAUCUCUCGAAAUUGGGCGAACCCGAGGUAUGGAUCGACGCGGUCACGCAAAUCUUUUUCUCGUACGCGUUGGGCGUCGGCGCGCUAAUCGCCUUGGGCAGCUACAACAAAUUCAACAACAACGUCUACAAGGACGCGCUGAUCGUGUGCACGGUCAACUCGUGCACGAGCAUGUUGAGCGGAGUGGUCAUCUUCUCGGUCGUCGGCUUCAUGGCGCACGAGCAGCAGAAGCCAGUUGCCGAGGUGGCCGCCUCCGGUCCGGGGCUUGCGUUUCUCGUCUACCCGUCGGCCGUGCUGCAACUACCUGGAGCUCCAGUCUGGUCGUGCUUGUUCUUCUUCAUGCUGCUGCUGAUAGGCCUCGACAGCCAAUUCUGCACCGUAGAAGGCUUCAUCACGGCAGCAGUAGACGAAUGGCCUCGCCUGUUGCGAAAAAGAAAAGAGCUCUUCAUCGCAGUCGUGUGCUUCGUUUCGUUUGUCAUCGGCCUGUCCUGCGUCACCGAGGGUGGCAUGUACGUGUUCCAAUUGCUCGACUCCUACUCGGUCAGCGGUUUCGUCAUGCUGUUCCUCAUCUUCUUCGAGUGCAUCUCGGUGGCAUGGGCCUUCGGAGUCAAUCGCUUCUACGACGGUAUACGAGAAAUGAUCGGCUAUUACCCGUGUUUUUGGUGGAAGAUGUGCUGGACGAUCACCACGCCGGCUAUUUGUAUUGGCGUAUUUACGUUCAAUGUCAUCAAGUUUGUGCCAGUUAAAUAUCUCGACUAUGAGUAUCCAUGGUGGAGUCACGUAGUUGGUUGGCUCACAGGACUUUCCUCUAUGAUGUGUAUACCGGGCUACAUGAUUUAUCUUUGGUGUGUCACACCCGGAACUGCAUCAGAGAAAUUUCGAAAAUUGGUGAGAAUCGAAGAUGACGUUGCUACACUUCGAGCGAAACUAAAUCCGGUUAAAGCUGCGGAAAUCAAGUUAGAGUUCAAUGUUUAAAGACAAUUACUGAACAUUCGUAUCAUGAUGAUUGCUA